AUGCCCAGCCUUCCCCUGCUGCUGCUGCUCUGGGGCGUGGGGGUUCACGUCUUCACAGCAUCUGCUGAAACACGAGAGCGAGAUGCCACGAUGGUGCAGAAAUACCUACAAAAGUACUACAACUUGAAGACUGGAACCAACAAAUCUGGAAGGCAGAGAAACAGCGGUUUAGUGGUUGAGAAGCUGAAGCAAAUGCAGAAAUUCUUUGGGCUGAAGGUGACCGGGCGGCCAGAUGCUGAGACCCUGCACGUGAUGAAGCAGGCCAGGUGUGGGGUGCCCGACGUGGCUCCCUAUGUCCUCACUGAGGGGAACCCUCGAUGGGAACACACAGACCUGACCUACAGGAUUGAAAAUUACACACCAGAUCUGCCAAGAGCAGUGGUGGACCGUGCCAUUGAGAAAGCCUUUCAACUCUGGAGUAAUGCCUCCGUCCUGACCUUCACCAAGUUCUCUGAGGGUCAGGCACACAUAAUGCUAUCCUUUGGGGGAGAUCAUGGUGAUAAGUCCGACUCUGGCAGAAUCAGAAGCCCACUUGCUCAUGUGUUCCCGCCAGGAAGGGGCAUGGGAGGAGAUGUUCGUUUUGAUGAGGAAACAUGGACCGAUGACUUCAGAAACUACAUCUUGUAUUAUGUGGCGGCACAUGAGUUGGGCCAUUCCCUUGGACUACUCCAUAGUGAUGACAUCAGCUCUUUGAUGUUCCCCAGAUACAUCCACUAUGGUGAUGCCCUGCUGUCUCCGAAGGACAUCGAAGCCAUCCAGGCCAUCUAUGGACCUUCCACAAAUCCCAUCCAGCCGAAAGAACCGCCAAUCCCACGAGCCUGUGAUAGCAAGUUAACAUUUGAUGCUGUCGCCAAAAUUUGUGGAGAAUCAUUCUUCUUUAAAAACAUGUAAAAAAGAAAG